AUGGUGUCCACGUCUUCAGUUCCCUCCUCGACAACGCGUCCGUUCACAGCUCAGGAUCGUUCUACUGGUUCCACGGGUCGGCCCCGAACAGCUGCUUCGACUAGACACGAAGCAAGUUACGUGGUGGCGAUAUUUGAGAGCCGUGGGAUAGCACACGAAGUUGGCAUGGCGGCCAUGGAUAAAGACACGGGGCGUGUUGUCCUUGUGCAGCUCGCUGACUGUCCGACAUACGUGAAGACACUUCACCAAAUGCACAUUCAUUUUCCGGUCUUGGUGCUUGUUCCGGAAACCUUCGUGCGUCCCUCGACUACCUCGCUUCUGGUGCGGUUCAUUAUGGAAGAGUUUCAGAAUGUACCUAUCGAACCUGUCGCGAGAAAAUAUUGGAAUGAUAGUACAGGAAUGGAUUUCAUUACACAGUUAUGCGUGGAGGAUGAUGAGCGGGCAGCAACACUUGUCUCUGUAGCGGAUAAGUAUUACGCGCUUUCAUCUGCCAGUGCAAUAUUCAAGCACGCGGAGUAUCGGUUGAAUACACGCUUUGCUACGGGGUCUUUGCGUAUCAGGUACGUGUCUGGGAUUCUGAACCAUACUUACACGGCAAUGGCUGCCCGCUUACUGCGUGCCAAUCUUCUGGCUCCAAUGACCGGGGAAGAAGCCAUCAAUGCACGCCUGGAUGUAGUGGAAGAACUCGUUCAACGCGAAGAUAAAUUCGCAGAAGUCCGCGAUGCUUUGAAGCGGUUAAACAAACUUGAUUUUGACAAGUUGAUAUCCUCGCUCGCCUCAUCGGAAGUCCGCGUAUCGCACGCGACAAAAUCUGCGUUUUCUCGUGUUUCUCAGAUGCUUAGUCUUCAAAGCAUAGUACGAAACCUGCCGUUCCUGCAGAACGCUUUGGCCGGGGGCAGAUCCCAGUUAUUGCAGAUAGUUUAUGACAUGAUCUCCGACAAGCGCUUGGCGUUCAUCGCAGACCUUAUUGCGGAUAAUCUGAACGAGGAAGCUGGGCCUGUGAAGGGUGGACUUGCUGCGGUCAAUGCAAGAGUCUAUGCAGUCAGGGCCAACCGCCACCGGCUUCUUGAUGUUGCUCGGGAGACAUUUAAGGAGAACGUGGGCGACAUCAUGCAGCUCAAUGCGGUUCUGUCUGAGAAGCACGGUUUGCCCUUGACGCUCGUAUACCAGGAAAAUGGAUUCGUAUUCACCUUGAAGAAGGACGAGUUGGAAGGCGAGCUUCCAAAGGGUUUUAUCAACAUUACUUCGCAAAAAGGGCGCUGGCUCUUUUCUAGUAUGGAGCUGAAGAAGAUGAACGCAAGGAUGAAAGAUGCGUUGGACGAAACUCUCCUUCUCAGCAACAAGAUAAUCCAGGACCUUGUCGAGCAGAUACUGGCGUAUUCUGGCGCUCUUUAUACUGCAUCUGAAGCAGUUGCCAUUGUUGACCUCCUUUGGUCCUUCGCGCACGCAACUAUCAGUAAGUCGCCUCUCUAUCAUGGGUUUCUGCGUCCGGAAUUCACUGGGACAUUUGCCGUGAAGGCCGGAAGGCACCCAAUCCUCGAGACCGUCCAAGCAGCAGGAACACUAGUGUCGAACGAUAUUUACUGUUGCGAUUCAUCUCAUUUUCAGAUUGUUCAGGGUCCAAAUACGUACCUUCGGCAGAGUGGGUUACUAGUGAUUAUGGCGAUGGCUGGGUGUUUCGUACCUGCGGAAUAUGCCAGCUUUCGCAUCCACGACGCCCUUCUGACUCGCCUCUCAAACGAUGAUGACAUAGAAAAAAGUUUGAGCACCUUCGCAAGCGAGAUGGCGACUUCAGCCAUGAUCCUAGGCCUCGCAACACCGAAAACGCUGGUCCUUGUCGACGAGUUGGGUCGAGGUACCUCUACGGUAGAAGGCGUUGGAAUAGCCCAUGCCAUCGCGGAGGAGCUCAUCCGAAUUAAAUGCAGCCAUUUCCAACAACUAUCGACGGCACUAUCUUGCCAACCCUCCGUGGUGAAUUUACAUCUGUCCGUUCAGCCUACGCAGAAGACGUCCGGUUUUGGGAUGGUGUUUCGAUACCGCAUCGUCGACGGCCUGCCUGACAAUCAUGGACAUUAUGGUGUUGACCUUGCCACGUUGGCCGAUUUACCGCGCGAUGUAGUACAAGAAGCCAAGAGAGUCGCCGAAAUAUUGACCGACUUGCACGUUCGGCAGGAAGCAAGCAGUCAGACGGCUGUCCAGGCUACUCACCGUCGAGCCGUCGUCAAGCUCCGAACGCAGCUCAGCCAGGCGCUUGAAUACUCCGCAUUGCCAGAGCCAGAACUUGUAUCGUAUCUCGCACGAUUCCAGAAGAAGCUUAUCGCCGUAUUUCACGAGACAUGUUCGGUGUAG